CAGGUGACAGCGAAUUAGAUGUGAAGCCACCUUCCUUUAUAGGUCUUCCCCACAAACAUCCUCUUCACAUCAGUGCUGCAGUUUGAGGAUUGCAUUUUGCAGACCCUUCACACUUCAGUAGGGAGUUCAACAACAACAACAGCCAACAUGCCUGCCAGCCUCUGUGGAACAUGGGACAUGAUCAGCAAUGUCAACCUUGAGGGAUACAUGAUUGCACUGGGUAUUGGCCCUUAUAUACGAAAGAUCGCCAUGAAGCUGAAACUGAAGAAGAUCAUUGAACAACAAGGGGACCACUUCAUCAUCAAAACUACAAGCACCUUCAGAAACUACACCAUCUCCUUCCGAGUCGGUCAGGAGUUUGCAGAGUUUACGAAGGGACUAGACAACAGACAUGUCAAGUCACUGGUGAUAUGGGAGGGAAAUAAACUGGUGUGUGAACAGAUUGGAGAGAAGAAAAACAGGGGCUGGGCUCAUUGGAUCGAAGACGACAAAUUACACCUGGUGCUGUAUUGUGAAGGAGAAGUCUGCAAGCAAGUGUUUAAGAAGAAUGUGAAUGAGUGAAGAAGAAAAAAUGAAGAAAUGUUACUGAAGGAUAAGAGGUGUCAUGAGUUACACUGCAAAAAUCUAAAUCUUACCAAGAGUAUUUUCUCUUGUUUCUAGUCAAAAUAUCUCAUCCUGCUUAAAAUAAGACAUAAUCACCUAAAGAGUAACUUGUGAGAUAUAAGAACUCGU